ACCAUCAUCAAGUAUUCAUCUUCAACAUUCAAAAACAACCUGCUCUCUUGUUUUUGCUUAGACAAAAACAACAAACAUCCUUAGGGAAAAUAAAACAAAGUUUAAUUGCAUAUGCCACUGUUAUAGUUAUAUUCUGUUCCUGAUUCUCUCUCAGCUAAAGCUAGCUCCCUCCUUGUUCCUCUCCAACACCAUUUCACACACCUCAUCUCCGCUUAGAUCGGAUCUCUUCUCUCCCCACCUUCACCACUUUCGCCUUUGAUUUCAUCUCACGCCACCUGUUCCAUCUUCCCCAGUAAAAUUCACACAAACCAAAAACCCCAUUCACCCCAAACCAAAAAACAAAAAAAAAAGUUUACAGAGUUUUCAACCAUCAUAACCAAACCAAAGAAAGAACCAAACUUUGGAUUGGAUAGCCAAAACAGGGGAGGACCCAAUUGAGGUGUUUGAUGCCUGAGCAAUACCCAAUUGUGGUUUGUGAUUCUUCAAACUGGGUGUGUGUUAAAUGGGCAAUGUAACGUCUGGUGUGGCUGCAAAGUUUGCGUUUUUUCCACCAGACCCGCCGACGUAUCAUGUGUCGAAAGACGAGGGAGGGAAGCUUGUGUUCUCUGGAGUCUCGGCUGAUAAGAACAUGGAGCCUCAUUUGCUUGAGACCAAAGCCGGAAACAGAGUCGUGGCCACGUUUUGGAAGCACCCUUUUGCAAGGUUCACCAUUCUUUACUCGCAUGGCAAUGCUGCUGAUUUGGGUCAGAUGCAUGAGCUCUUCAUUGAGCUCAGGGCUCACCUCAGGGUUAAUAUUAUGAGCUACGAUUAUUCAGGAUAUGGAGCAUCCAGCGGUAAGCCAUCCGAGUUCAACACCUAUCACGACAUAGAAGCUGUGUACAAUUGCUUGAAGACCGAAUAUGGAGUAAAGCAAGAAGAUUUGAUACUUUACGGCCAAUCUGUUGGAAGCGGACCAACACUGCACAUGGGUUCUCGGUUAAAGAGACUGAGAGCUGUUGUUCUUCAUAGUGCAAUCCUCUCAGGCAUACGAGUUUUAUAUAAUAUCAAAGUGACAUUUUGGUUCGACAUUUUCAAAAAUAUAGACAAAAUACGGCAUGUCAGCUGCCCAGUUUUAGUUAUACAUGGAACAGAAGAUGACAUUGUCGAUUUGUCCCAUGGGAAGCGUCUAUGGGAACUUUCCAAAGAAAAAUACGACCCCUUAUGGGUCAAGGGCGGAGGCCAUUGCAACCUAGAAACGUAUCCAGAGUACAUUAAGCACUUACGCAAGUUCAUCAAUGCGAUGGAGAAACUCUCGCUCUCGAAUCCAUCGAAGAAAGAACAGACUCCUACCCCGAGUAUGGAAUUAAAACACAACAAGUGCUUGAGAUUUUCCAAAAAAUAGCGGGUGAUUAAUUUUUACAUCUUAUGAGAAGCAUUAGGGAAUGUAAAACAGAAAAAUCCCACUGCAGUGUGAUCCUAUCUCCACUAAUAGCUACAAUUGCUUGUAUCAUGAACCAGAGUGUUUGCUGAAGCUAUGUUUUUCUUGGUAGAUGAAAGGAUAGGAAUCAUGCAUAGAGUGUUUGAUCUAGAUAGCCAUCUUGCAGUGCUUCCUUCCUGAGUUCUUCUUACGUAUCAUUUAAUAGAAUGGACUUAUGUAAAGAAGACUAUCAUCAGUUUCAGAGAAGAGAGAUACAUGG